AUGGCAACAAAGGAUCCACGAACUGAGAAAGUUAAGGCGUGUCUUGAAAGGAUUAAAAUAGAAGACUUCAACGUCAAUGAGGUCAAACAAGAUGCGUACACCAAAUUCAGAUUGCAUGAAGUGUGCUCUUCUCAUAUUGAUAAGAAGGUGGCUGUAUUUGGUUGGGUAACAAGCAGUAGAAGCGGUAAGAGUAACUCUUUCUUUGAGUUAACAUCUCAAUUUGAAACAGUCAAAUGCUUCAUUAAGAAGAGCGUAACCUUUAGCCUUCAAACAACAGUGAUGGUCUUUGGAACAGUUUCAAAGAACCAAGGGAAAGAUUCUUUUGAAUUCGAAAUAACUGUAGAUGCAUAUUCAGUAUAUGGAGGACAUCAGGCACCAUCUUUCCCUCUCAAUAAGGAUAGUGAGAAGGACAAGCUACUUGAUUUUGCUCAUCUGGGACUAAGGUUGAAAGAAAGAAGCCUGUUUUUACAGGCACAGAGCGAAUUGCUAAAAUCACUAAGGAUGUUUUAUUGGAGUGAAAACUAUACUGAAAUUACACCACCAACACUGGUACAGACGCAGGUAGAGGGUGGUGCCACACUUUUCAAGCUUGAUUACUAUGGCAGCAAUGCAUAUUUGACGCAAACAAGCCAGCUCUAUCUUGAGACAGCUGCGCCUGUAUGUGGAAAGGCAUUCUGCAUAAUGCCAAGUUACAGAGCAGAGAAAAGCAAUACUGCUAGACACCUGAGUGAGUUCACACACGUCGAGGCAGAAUUGGUAGACAUCACGUUUAGUACCCUUAUGGAUCAAAUCGAAGCAUUGGUUAGAAAAGCAUCAGCAGUCUUUUACAAAUCCAUGCUUGAGAAAAUAAAAAAGGUUUAUCCUGGUUUCGAACCAGUUGUGCUGAGUGAUGAGAAAUUCAAACGGAUUUCUUACAAGGAAGCCAUUGAAUUUCUAUACAGUAAGAAGCAUAUGAAGACAGAUGGAACUGAAUACAAGAUGGGAGAUGACAUUGCAGAUGCAUCUGAGAAGUAUUUGAUUAAGCAUUAUGCAAACAAUCAACCACUAUUUUUGACUUCAUUUCCAGUAGAUCACAAACCAUUCUAUGUCGCAAAGAAUGGAACAGAAACAGAAGCAUGUGAUCUCCUGUUUCCCGGAAUGGGCGAGAUUGUGGGUGGUUCAAUGAGGCACACAGUUUAUGAGGAACUUAUGGAAGGAUUCAAACGAGAAGGAAUCGAUCCAAAGCCAUAUUAUUGGUAUUUGGAUAUGUCAAAGUAUGGUCCAAGUCCGCACGGUGGAUAUGGAUUAGGCUUUGAAAGGCUGCUAUUGUGUUUGAUGAAGUACAAGAGCGUAGAUCAAGCAUCUUUGUACUGUCGAAAACCAUCUAGGUGCACCCCAUAA